ACAUAAAUUGCUUUAGUUGAAUUAGUUCCUUUUAAAAAGGGAACCUCAUGAGGACUGAGGGGAGAUCACGUGAAAGGAGGAAGUAACAAACGUGUUGUGGUGAAAAACAUACUUACAAGAGAAGAUUCAGGAAACACUUUCAAACUCAGUCUGCUCCGUCCAACUGUCGCUUUACUGUCACUUCACCCUCGACGACAUGAACGAGAUGAGGAUUGUAAUAUUAGGAAAAACAGGAGUUGGGAAAAGCAGCCUGGCGAACACCAUAUUAGGAGAGGACGUGUUCCAGAUCGGCUUCAAUGGCGUCUCUGCAACAAGUGAAUGUCAAUCAGAAACCAGACGUGUUGAUGGAAGAGACGUCACCUUGAUCGACACUCUUGGUGUAUUUGACACGGGUCGAUCUGAAGAGGAGCUGAAGCCUGCAAUAGUGAAGUGCAUCACAGAGUGCUCUCCUGGGCCUCAUGCUUUUAUCAUAGUGUUUAAGGUUGAGGCAUUCACAGAUCAGGAGCAGGACGUGAUCAAUAAAAUAAACCAAUUCUUCUCUGAAGAAGCUUUCAAGUAUGCAACAGUCCUCUUUACUCGUGGUGACCAGCUCAAGGAAGGACAAACCAUUGAGGAAUAUUUCCACAACAAUCAUCUUGUGAGUGAUCUGAUAAAGAAGUGUGGAGGCCGCUGCCACGUCAUUGAUAACAAAUACUGGAAGAACAACCAGCCGUAUGAGUACAGGUGCAACCAGUUCCAAGUGAAGCAGCUGAUGAAGACCAUCGAUCACAUGAUUGAGGAAAACAAGGGAAGCUGCUUCACCAACGAGAUGCUACAAGCUGCGGAGGCACUGAUACAAGAGGAGGAGGAAAAGAUCAGACAGUCAUCAGGAAACAUGACAGAAAGAGAGAUCAGAUACGAGGCUAAAAGGAGAGUAAAUAAAAGGCUUUUGAUCCAACUCGCAGGUGUUACAACAGGUGCAUUGUUAGGAGCUCUUUUUGGUGUCGUCGUGGUGGUUGGAGGACCAGCAGCUGGAAUAGCAGCAGGCGUAGUGAUCGGUGCAGGUGCUUUAGUAGGAGCGAUCACAGGAGGUCUUAGAAGAUACGACGCUACUGAGAAAGUAGACGCACAAUGCAAGGCUCUAAAGAGGGCAGCAAACACUGUCUUUAAUAAAGCAACCUCUGUCUUUAAAGAUCAUGAAAAAGCACACAACACAUAUGAAUCAAUACCUUUAAUGUGCCCUGAUUUUUAGGACGUGUCAUUAAACAUGUCACACCUCCUUUAAACAACAUGGAAUCUUUAACCAUUGAGAUUAUGGUGUUCGUAUGUAACAGGUUGAACUUCUUGCAUGAGCUUUUUUCUAUUUCCUGACUCUUUUCUAAAGCGUGUUGCAACAGCUGCAAGUGCUUCCUGACUAAAUGAAAGUUCAAUCUUGUCUUAUUUUUAGUACAAAGUGCCUGAUAUGUUGUUUCUUAUGUGUAUUAUCAACUGUGACCACAAAUAUAAUGUUUUAACAUCUUGCUUCAAUAAGAUCUUACAAAAUGUUGUAAUCAAACUAGCGUUAAUAGUUGGAUGUUGAAUCAUUGUUCUGUUUCCUGUUACAAAGUUAACCAGAAAAUGUUUUUCUUCCAUAAUUUUGAGAGACAAUAAUUGUAGUUAUCUGUGGAUUCAAAUGUGUCAGCAAGACAAAUAAAAACAACAAAUGAUUUGAA